AUGUCAUCCAAGGUUCCACCUCCAACAGAGAGCGAGCUUAUUGAUCAGGAAAUUGUAGCGCUUAAAGAACAAGCUGCUGCAUUACGCAAGUCGCUCAAGAUCCAAACAUCUACCAUCCUCUCCGCGCCCUCAACACAAGCUCUCCUCAAGUCUACCAAAGGGUUCUCGUCCCGCAAGUCUUCGGCUCACGCCAAAGUCCUCAGCCAGUCCGAAAAACAAAAGGCACAUACACAACAAAACCUUUACCGCUCGUGCAGCUCCGUCACGACCUUCAAGGUUCAUGAUCCCGAUCCCAAUUCAGUCGACAGCGGUCAUGUCUUAGGCUUACGAUUCGAAAUAAUGUCCAAGAGCCGGUUCUUGCAACCGUACUACGUCUUUCUCAACCGGCCAUACUACAACUCGAAGUAUAUGCGCGUUCACAGAAAUACACUCCCUCCUGCGAUUCCCAUCUCCGGAUUGGCGGCGCGUCAUCUCCCAGCUCCACGACCGGAAAGCGACAAUCCUCCCCAGCAGGACUUGGAUCGAUUUGUCAGGGCGUUGCGACGAGAGAUCGUGCGAUACCACAACAGAUUGGGUGUCUCCGCCGAUUUGAGACGAAGUCUAGGUCUACAUGGCAGAACUGACGACACAGUCUUACCCGAUGACAUUGUUGAGGUCGGAAUAGCAGACAUUGAGGCCAAGCAGAUCAGGUUCUCUUGGGCCGAUGACCGAAGCGGCAGAGUUAUAAUGGACAAUGACGGCAAUGUUAUCAAGCUUAUGAUGUUUGGCAGAGAGGGCCGCGAUUGGGAGACGACGAAAGAGCUGUAUGGCAAGUACGAUCGUAUCGAAGAUGUGGCCAAGACACUUCAGAAGUAUGUCAAUGGCUGA